AUGGAUAUUUCCUCGGUGAUGGACAAAUUUGAUUCUCUUGAGAUCAAAGACGUCUCAAAAGAGUUUCAAGAUGAAGAGGAGAUCAUCACAUUUAUUGACCAUAUCUUCGAGUCUCCACAAUACUUGAAAAAUCGCUCCACUUGCAAGAAAACCCAUCAGUUAUUACUCCAUAUUUCAAAUAACGAUGCACUCUACGGGAAUUCAAAAAUUAGAAGAAUCAUAUUGGAUAAUAUAAUAUCCAAAGGCUUUAAUGUGGUCAAAAAGGUGUACUAUGAAGAAGGGAAAGUAGAUCAUUCUAAGGAUUUGAUGAUUGUGAGUUUGAUAAUGAAGUUACUAGACUCUUUGAAGAUAGAGAGCAGCGAAAAACAGAAACUCUGUCAGGAAUUAAAGGAUAAAUCCAUAGAAUUAUUGAAAUUUCAAUCCAAGAAACUUCUUGUCCAAGACACAAAUAAUGAUGAUCUUGAGGGCAUAUAUUUUGAUUUCGUCCUCUGGUAUUUGCUAUUCAACAAGUAUAUUUCUUAUUUGACCAUUAACGACUACGAAUCAAUAAUCCCACUAAUCAUGUCUUUUGGUCAUCUUUUAAAUGAUGAUUUAUCGGGUACAUAUGACAAAACAUUAAAUGGUGGAAAAAGUGCUCAGGUGCUGAAAGAGUUCAAUAAGAUUUACAGAAUGAUUUUUGUCAGAUUCUCAUCCCUCAAUGUUGCGGUAACUGCCAAGGACUCCCAAGCACCAAUCAAUGACAUCAUUUAUGACGAAAUUGAAACAUAUAUUAUAUUACAAGGAACUGGCUCCAAUGUAGCAGAAGAUGUUCAAGGAGACUGGAAAAAAUUGUUGGGAUUCUUGAAGAAUUAUCAACUUAUUGUUCAAGUUUUCCCAAAAGACUUCUCAAUUAUGAUUUUCCAAUCUGAUAUGUUUCUAAAUUUUCUCAAUCACAUAAUUAGAAAACUUCUCAAAAGUUUCACCCUAGCAUCAAUACUACAGAAGGCGCAGGUCGAAUUGAUUAUCAAUAUCAUGGUGAUAUUUGAGUAUAUUUCAAUUGAUGAAGGGUGUAUUGUGUUGAUUAUAAAGAAUCAUUUGUAUUUGAUUUUGGAACUUUGUCGUAUUCCGAUUGCUAAAGAUUUCAGCGGGGGGUUAAUUGUCUCCUUGGCCAGUUUAUUGGUUAUUAAAUGUUGGAACUCGUAUCAACAGUUGAAGAUCAAUGAUGCAUCAAAUAAUCCUCAAACUCAAAAUAAAAUACGAGAAUUGACAGAAAAUGAGGCGAAAAUUCCUAAUGAUCUUGAUUUGGGUGAGUUUUAUGGUAUUUUUGUGGAAAGUCUAUUAAGAGAUAACAGAAAUAAAUAUGUCGAAAAGUAUUCGAUUGAAGGAUUGGCCUUUAUCAGUUUGAAAGUAAAAUUUAAGAAAAAAUUAAGACAUAAUUUACUAUUAAUUGAAAAAUUUGCCAGAAUCUUGACAGAGCAGGUGGAGGUUUUGAAAAAUAUUGAUAGAAUGUCCAUUGACGACACUUCGCUAGUGGAUGAAUCCACUCCAUUAAGCAGCGAAUUUGUUUAUGGUAUAACUAUCUUAGUCUCUAAUAUUUCUACUUUCAACUCCAAAUUAUCAAAAGAAGAACAAUCAAUUGAAUACUUGAAAAACUAUUCCAAUGCAAAUACCAUCAUUAACAAUGAUGAGCGAAUUAAAAAUAAGAAGCUUGGAGUACAAGAAAAAGAUGAUGAUGAAGAUAUUAUGAUAUUUUUACAAAAGAUAAUGCAGACCAAAAAAUUAGAUUUUAUCUCAUGUUUUACUAAGAUAUUCAAAUCGAUGACAACAAAUAUUCAAGAUCAGUUGAUUAAAAUUAUUUACAAUAUGUCGCUUCAAAAAAAAUUUAGGGUGGAGCUUGUCAAACAAGGGGCCCUUAAUUUGGUAAUCGAAUAUCUCAUUGGUGAUGAAGAGAAUUUUAUAAAAUCAGUGAAGCAGUCAAAUAAUAAGGAACUGGGGAAAGAUGCACGAUACGAUAAUUAUAUGCGGUUAUUUGCUUUGCGUGCACUCACCAAAAUCUUGAUUUCCAAUAAUCCAAACUUGGUGUUCCACAAGUAUAGUGUGUUGGUGACUAUUCCUUUCUUGUGUGAGCUCCUUGAUGAUGGAACUAAUUAUGUUGAUAAUGGCUCCCAAGAGGUAAAGUUGCUUCAUGGUUUUAUUAGCAAGUUAGUUAAGCCUUUGGAUAUUUUUGAAGCUUUGCUCUCAUUGACAAACAUUGCAUCGUUGGAAGAUAUGAAGGUGAAAGAAGCUAUAUGUAACAAGUCUUGGGAGUAUCUUGAGAUUUUCAUAUUGGAUGUAAAUGAAAAUAUUCAGCAAGGCUGCUUGGAAUUAAUUUCCAAUUUGAUUUUCUGUCCAAUUUGCACCGCAAAGUUUUUUAACCUCGAGAAUUCUGAUUCGAAGAAAAGAUUUGAGAUCCUUGUGAAGUUGGUGAACUCUAGCAAUAUCAAAAUUCAGAUCACUGCUUUGACAAUUAUUGUCAAUGCUUCCGAGUAUGAGAUGGUUGCAGAGUUAUUGUAUAAUAUUAAAGAGCUAUUUGAGAAACUUGUGGGGAUUUUAAACAAUUUGCAAGAGUACUACGAAUCUGAGGACGAAUCCAGCGUGAAUGAGUUAUUGAUUAGACUCGUCUACUUGAUUUUGAACAUUGUUGAGGCGGUGAAAUCAGAUCCUAAAAAGCUUGAAAUCAUCAAGAAUUACAACUUUUCGGGAAAAUCUCUCAAAUCAGGUAUCGAUAGCACGCUUCGUUUUGUUAAGGACGAGGAAAUUCUCGCGAUUAUUAUUGAAAUUUGUAAAUCACUCCGUUAUAUAUAA